UUGUUUUUGUUUACUGAUUCUGAGUCGUUAGGAGUAUAUGAUUGAUAUGUAUAAUCAAUGAUUCUAAUAUAAUAUUGUAUACAAUUACACAAAUCUAAGGCUUAGGAGGCAGACGAUUUCAGUUUCAUUUAUACUUUUAGUUUUAAACCUGCAAAAUUAAAAUAAAGAAUCAUGGCGGCAACAACUAACAUGUUUGGUGUACUCGUGAUUGGCAGAAUGGUAGAAACAAACUUCCAACAAGUAGCAGAACGUCAGUUUGUUACGGUCAUACCUAAUGCUGACGACACUGACCAUCUGGCGGUAUUCCUCACAGGACAAAUAUGCUUCCCAGCUGGAGCUGCAGGGUUGAUUUACUUCAGUUGCCCGGACCCAAAUGCCCCACCCAAUUGGCAAUUGUUGGGGUACAUUUCAAAUGAUAAGCCGUCUUCAGUUUUUAAAAUAACGGGAUUGAAGAACAACGUUAUUGAACAAAGUGGCUUCCUACAGUUCGCUCAACAGGCAAUUUCGCAUAACGCCCAAAUAGGCAUAUCAGUUGAGCCGAUCGAAGUCGUCCAGCAACAGAUAAUACAAUUGGAAAAUAGUAAACCUAACGAAGCAAGCAACUUCCUUGAAUUUACAAAAAAGAUGCUUGAGAACUUUUCUGAGUGUGUUUCUUCGUUUCUUGUGCCAGGCAGUCCGUUUGUAGUACCACUCAGUGUAGUAGACAAUUGGUACAAAAACUUUGAAAAGAGAUUAGAAAUGAAUCCUCGAUUCUGGAAAUGAUAGACGUACUGUCUUCUGCUGUGAUACUUCAAAAUGUGACUGAGAGUUUUUAAGACUGUCCACAUUGUGCCUAGUGCAUACGAUUUAAAACGUUUAUUUUGUAUUAUUUGUUUUUGUUUUUUUUGUAAAUAUUACUAAGUUUUAAGUGAGCUAUGAAAUGCCAAAUAAUAAUACCUAUAGCUCUAGGACUAUUGCAUGCAAACUCUCCUUGAGGUUUGAGUUAUUGUAAGAAAUGCUAAAAAUUGGGAGAGAAAUUGAGCCACUAGCUUGUAAUUUUACAUAUUGAAAUACUUACAUUUACAUUUUAAUUUUAAAUUACUUUGCUUUUUAAUGAAUUAAACAAAAAAUAAAUUAAAAUAUAAAUGUAUAGUACAAUGCAAAAGUAGUUUAAUUUAGUUUUGUUAUUAAUUUCUGUUUUGUUAAAAUCAAUAAUCAUAUUAUAUUAUUCAUUCAAAAUUAUGAACAAAUCUGCAAUUUAGAAAUUGAGGUAUUUAAUGUCUUUGUAUUCCAGUUUAGAUACUUACUAAAAAAUUUCUUUUCCAU